AUGGUUAAAAUAAAAAUAUCUAGGAUACAAAACAAAAUUACUAUGCAAAACUCAAUAAUAUUUAUAUUACUCUAUUUAAUUUCCUUUGCAUAUUCAGAUGAUUCUGAACUUGGGAAAUAUAGUUUACAACCAGGUUUAUCUGGUAGAUUAUGGGAUCCACAUUGGACAGAAUCUGACUAUGAUGAUCAUUGGAUCCUUAUGUCUACUUAUUUUAGGACUGGGAAAUAUAUGGACACAGCUACCUUUUUAGGAACGACAUCUGGUGUUUCGGAUCUUUUGAUCAAUUAUGAUGAAAAUAUUCCAAGUACUGUAUAUGGAUUUGAUAUACCAACUGAUCUGAGAGAUUUUGUUAUAACAUUGAGAGGUUUCUACAAAGCGCCAGCAUCCGGAACUUCAUCAAGCGUAGGUGUAUUUAAUUCCGAACUAGACUCUGAUGGUAAGUAUCGAGCUUCCAAAGGUUUUGUAUACCUUAAUAUUACAUUUGGCAUUACAGUUACACCGGAAACAGAAUCUUCAAUGUGUACGGAGUAUGGCCCAUCAACUAGUGCCUUCUUCCAUUAUAUGUUCUACGAUAAUGAUAAUACAGCAAGUGAGACAUUAACAGGGAGUACAAAAUAUAAAUUUAUUGAAGGAAAUUUGUAUCCAAUUAAUAUUGCCAUAUCUAACAUUGAGACCAUGGUUAAUAUAUCACAAUUUUCUCUUAUUAUUGGAGGAGUAGAGUACCCUUUCAGCGAUGAUAAUCUUUUCACUGUAGAAUUUGAAGAUUCAGAUUGGGCAGAUACUAAUGACCGUAUGUUUCCUAAGGUUUGUCCUAUUUAUGCAACAACGACAACAUAUACUGGAGCACAAGUAACAGCAACUACUACUAUAAGAAUAAGUAUGUCUACAUAUACAGAUGAAAAUGGCGUUUUAUUGACGGAAACGGUAUAUGUUGUCGCCACCCCUACAGAGGGUGCAACAUCUUCCAGUAUCGAGCCUAUUGUAUCUUCUAUGACUGAUAGUACUAAAUCAUCGUUGACUACUAAUAAUGAAUUAUCAACUUCUGAAACCAUAGGACCUUUGACCUCUGAUUUCAUUGUAUCCUCUGCUUCAGAUAUUGUAUCCUCUACUUCAAAGAUUAUAGAUUCAUCAACAUCAGACGUUGUUGAAUCAUCUACUUCACAUAUCUCAUUGUCAAAUAGCGGUGGUGCCGUAUCUUCUACUUCAUAUAUUGUAAAGUCUUCUACUAUUGAUGUUAUUGAGUCCUCUUCUACAGAUACUUUAGAAUUCUCGAGUACCCAUUUCAUAGAGUCGUCAUCAUCAACUAUCCACAGGCCACAAUGGUCUGGUGAAUCGUCUAUAAAUUCUUCAACCUCAGAAUAUAGUGAGUCCGACUUAUCUAGUGAUAACAUCGAGUCAUCUAAGCCAACCUCUGAUGACGGAGUAUCGUCAUCGUCAUCAGUAGAACAUGAGGAAAUAGCUACUACGUACAUCACUACAGUAUCUAGUACAACAAGUUCAGACUAUGUCGCUUCUGUUAUCCAGACAGUGACAAUUAAUGUUUCAGAGACAAAUGAUACAGAAAAAAAUACAUAUACAACAUUAUCAAAAGAGAAAAUCCAGACGUAUAUUACUGAAAGAUCAAUUGUAACAGAAACUGUUUUACUCUCAUUAAGUACUAAAAUUCCAUUUACUUCAGAUGAUGCUUUAUUUACCAGAAAACAAGAAAUUGAGCGCACCGAUGAUCAAUUAGUUGUAGACACAUUUACGACACAUGAUAUCAGCAAUGAUAACACAAGUUUAAGGACAAACUCAGUAGAGGACAUGGAACCAAAUGUGGUCACGCAUUCUACAUCAACUGGAAUCGUAGCCCCUGUGAAAACUGACUCUACGGAAACAAUAUUUGCAUCUAUAUUAAGUUCACAUUCUAUGACAUUCUCAAUAACAUCAUUUUCUCUUGACUAUAGUGGUAAUGCUGCAUCAUUAGCCAACCUAAAUUUUUGUUUCAUUCUAAUAAUUUAUCAAUUUCUUCUGUAA